UAAAACUUAAUCUCGAAACCAUUCGAUCGCACAGUUGAGUUCGAGACGUAGACGCGUGCGUACCGCAGAGUUGGUUUAUGUCGGCUAACGAAAUGGCGUUUGUGAAAAUUUGCAUAUUUGCUUUGGCUUUGGCCGUGGGUUUGACGGCAACACUUGCCCAGGAGCAGCGAGGUGGCUUCCGUGGAAGUAACAGCCAAUUCCGCGUUGGACCUGGCCAUCCGCCUUCCCAGAGGCAUCUACCACCGCGUAACCGCGAUCCCGUCCAAGAGGCAUCGGUGGUUCCUAAGAACAAACAAACGGCGGCGGAGAAGGAGUACGAACCAACCGAGGAAUGCCCGGAGCCCAAUGGCUUCUAUCCCGAUAGCAAACAGUGCGACAAGUACUAUGCCUGUCUAGAUGGUGUGCCCACGGAGCGCCUCUGUGCCGAUGGUAUGGUCUUCAACGACUACUCUCCCAUAGAGGAGAAGUGCGAUCUGCCGUACAACAUUGACUGCAUGAAGCGGACCAAGCUACAAACCCCGCAACCAUCGCUGCACUGCCCCCGGAAGAACGGAUAUUUUGGCCAUGAGAAGCCCGGAAUCUGCGAUAAGUUCUACUUCUGCGUGGAUGGCCAGUUCAAUAUGAUCACCUGUCCAGCUGGUCUGGUCUUUAAUCCCAAGACGGGCAUCUGUGGUUGGCCAGAUCAGGUGGGCGUCACUGGCUGCAAGUCCGAGGAUGUCUUCGAUUUCGAGUGCCCUAAGGUGAACGAAAGUAUUGCUGUGACCCAUCCUCGUUAUGCCGAUCCGGAUGAUUGUCAGUUCUUCUAUGUCUGCGUCAAUGGAGACCUACCCAGGCGAAAUGGUUGCAAGUUGGGCCAGGUGUUCGACGAGGAGAAGGAAACCUGUGACUGGGCUCGCAAGGUGCCCGACUGCGCCGACUGGUACAAGGACCGUCUGACCGAUAAGGAACUGGAUGAGCUGGAGAACCCGAAGCCCAAGACCACGACUACCAAGAAGCCACCACGUGUCCGUGGUCAAUCGCGACGCAAGCCCCAGCCGAAGCGAGUGGAGCCGGAAGAGGGAGGAUGAGGCCUGAUCCCUGACUGUAUUAGUCUUAAGUGAAUCCCCACUGAUUGUCACCAUUAAAAGCGUGCAGGAGGUCCAA